AUGAUUUCAUUCUGGCAAACAACUUAUUUUAUUACCUUAUUUGCUGCAGUUUCUUGUGGAUGCCAGAUUCAUCUAUAUAAAAAUACCUUCUUCCGAGGUGGGGAUGUAACCUCCCUGUAUACUCCAAAUGACCAAUACUGUCAGAUGAUGUGCACUUUCCACCCCAGGUGUUUGCUAUUCAGUUUUCUUCCUGCAAAUUCAACUAAUGACACACAGAAAAGGUUUGGUUGCUACUUGAAAGAAAAUGUAACAGGGAUCCUUCCAAGAGUGCCAAAGGCAGGGGCAAUUUCUGGACAUUCCCUAAAGCACUGUGGCCGUCGAAUCAGUGCUUGCCAUCGAGGCAUUUAUAAAGGAAUUGAUAUGAAAGGAGUCAAUUUUAAUGUAUCUAAAGUUAGAAGUGUUGAAGAAUGCCAAAAAAGCUGUACUAACAACAUUCACUGCCAUUUUUUCACAUAUGCCACACAAACAUUUCACAGAACAGAGUUUCGGAACAACUGCUUAUUAAAAAGCAGCUCAAGAGGAACACCUACCAGUAUAAAGAUGCUGGAUAACGUGAUAUCUGGAUUCUCGCUGAAGCCCUGUGCACUCUCAGAAAUAGGUUGCCACAUGGACAUUUUCCAACACCGUGCAUUUUCAGAUACAGAUGUUGGCAGAGUUGUCACUCCAGAUGCUUUUGUAUGUCGAACCAUUUGCACCUAUCAUCCCAACUGCCUCUUCUUUACAUUCUAUACAAAUACAUGGAAUAUACAGUCACAAAGAAAUGUUUGUUUCCUUAAGACUUCUAAAAGUGGAACACCAAGUUCCUCUACUCCACAGAAAAAUGCCAAAUCUGGAUAUAGCCUUUUAACCUGCAAAACAAGUUUGCCUGAACCCUGUCAUUACAAAAUUUACUCUGGAGUUGAUUUUGGAGGGGAAGAGUUGAAUGUGACCUUUGUUAAAGGAGAGAGUGGUUGCCAAGAGACUUGUACAAAGACGAUGCGCUGUCAGUUUUUCACUUAUUCUUUGCUCCCAGAAGACUGUCAGGGAGAGAAGUGUAAGUGUUCUUUAAAAUUGUCUUUGGAUGGUUCCCCAACCAUGAUUACAUAUGGGACACAAGGGAGCUCAGGUUAUUCUUUGAGACUGUGUAAAACGGAGGACAGCUCUGUAUGUACAGCAAAAUCAAAAACACGCAUUGCAGGAGGAACCAACUCGUCUUUGGGAGAGUGGCCUUGGCAGGUCAGCCUGCAGGUGACACUGCCGGGUCGGAGUCACCAAUGUGGAGGGUCAAUCAUUGGACACCAGUGGGUCUUAACUGCUGCCCAUUGCUUUGAUGGGCUUCCUUUCUCGGAUGUUUGGCGCAUUUAUAGUGGCAUUUUAAAUCUAUCAGAAAUAACAAAAGAAACACCUUUCUCACAAGUAAAAGAGAUCAUUAUUCAUCAACAAUAUAAAAUCUCAGAAGGUGGUAAUGAUAUUGCCUUAGUAAAACUUGAGUCGCCUUUGAAUUAUACUGAAUUCCAAAAUCCAAUAUGCCUGCCUUUUGAAGAUGAUACAAAUAUAGUUUAUACAAACUGUUGGAUCACUGGUUGGGGCUUCACUAAGGAAAAAGGUAAAAUCCAAAGUACUCUGCAAAAGGCAAAUAUUCCUUUGGUAACAAAUGAGGAAUGCCAGACAAGAUACAGAGAUUAUGAAAUAACCAAACAAAUGAUCUGUGCUGGCUAUAAGGAAGGGGGAACCGAUGCUUGUAAGGGAGAUUCAGGUGGUCCCUUAGUCUGUAAACAUGAAGGAAAGUGGCAUUUGGUGGGCAUCACCAGUUGGGGUGAAGGCUGUGCCCGCAGGGAACAACCAGGUGUCUACACCAAAGUGGCUGAGUAUGUGGACUGGAUUUUAGAAAAAACACAAGACGGUGGUGGACACUCUAUGAUGAAGUCACCAGCAUGAAGAG